AUGCCAUUCCUCCCGCCCGUCGCGCGGUUAGACCGAAUACGAGAGUACGAGAGGAAGCCGCAGCAGCAGCCUUCCUCUACAACGGCAACUUCUGCCAUCUUCUUCUAUGAUAUCCUUCAUCUCGUCCUGUACCAAACACAUUCUGGCUGCACAGGCAGUCCGGAUCUCUGUGUUAGCCGGCCUCGGCGUCUGAAGCAACCGCGCCGAAACCCCUGA